AUGCGUUUUGCCAAGUCCAUUGGUCGUCCAUCAAUUGGUUUUGUCUUAGCUGGUUGCAGGAAUCGACCAUUUUAUCUAAUUUGUGUUUUACCUGAUCGAACACUUGGUCGACAUUAUCGAGGAAGUGCCAUCGAACAGGUUGGGUGUUUUGAUCCGUUGCCAAAUUUUCGUAACGAAAAAUUAGUUGCUUUGGAUAUUGGAAGAUUGAAAUAUUGGAUUGGUGUUCGUAACGCGAACAUAUCCGUUUCAGUACUUGAAUUAUUAGGAAAACUUGUAGGACUUUCUGGAUUGCUACCUAUACAUCCAAAAACUUAUAUUCGCUCUCAAGCUUAUCGCAAAGCAGCUCUUGAAGCGCAAUCUUAA